AUGAGGCAGACAAGACGUGAAGAAGAAGAUGAGGCAGGAUGGGAAUGUCCUCUCUGGGAGAGACUGACGGGGGGUUUGUUGCGAAAGGCGAGUCGGGUCGGGGGGGGUGUGGAGUGGGGAGGGGGGAGCAGACCUGAGGAGAGAAAGCGAGCGAGGAGGAGGAGCAAGGACAGCAGUAGCACCCGCCCCGGUGGAGGAGGGACAGGCAGUUGCAGCAAGAGCCGGCCCGCCUGGUGGGAAGACUCAAGACACCGGGCCAGUCCCGUAGCUAAGCACACAUGGCGGCCCUGUAGGGAGACAGACAGGUCGUACCCAGGCGAGUACCUUGCCGUAGUGCACCACCCUGACUUUGACCUGUCGCCCAUCUCACCCGCACCACAGUCGUCGUCCCAGACACCUUACUCUCGAGUCUCUCGAGGGCUGGGCUGGAACUGGGACUGGAACGCCCGCCAAGUUCCGUCUCCUGCGGCCCUUUAG